AUGGGCACGAGAGCGGCGUGCUCGGCCAGGUGUAGCCGCUGUGGCGCUGCAGCCUAUUGCUCCACAGAGUGCCAGCGCAAGGACUGGAAGACUCACAAGCUCUCGUGCCAGAAAGUCGUCUCUCCGGAGACUCGCGUCAGCGACCUUCUCCGCGCGGGCAAACUCUUCACAGCUGGGCAGGAGCUUGCCAAGCUGGAGAAGCCGAGCACACGCCUGGCUACUGAGCACGAGGAACGUGUAAAAGACGGCAUCCACUCAGAGGUUGUGGAGGGACGGCUGGAGCUGCAGCCUGUAACCUUAGGCAUGGGCUACGUCGCAGCGAAGGACAUGUCACCAGGCGAUGUCCUUCUCUUCGACACUGCCUUUUGCGCUGCGCCCACGAACGGCGAGAAGGAAUAUUUCUAUCUCAUUGCCGAGAAAGCCAUCCGAAAGGGGCAUCGCGAUCGGCGAAUCAGCGCCCGCGCUGACGCCCAAGCCGACUUUUACUAUGCCUCGGUCUUGAAGCUGGGAACCAAGGACAACCAUGAUAGAGCCACGCUCGAUGACACCGAAAUGGACGCAGACAUGAAAGAGCAGAUUCUUGUAUGCUCAAUCGCGGAAGCCAACUGCCUGUACUGCACGCAGGAUCCCAGCCAAGUUGCACUCUUCGUGGCCGGCGCGCGCUUCAACCACUCCUGCGCGCCCAAUGCUGUCUUCGAAAGCAGCCGUGGGACGCUGGUGGUAAAAUCUCUUGCUGCCAUUCCGGCCGGUGAGGAGGUGACGGUGAGCUACCUGCCCAGCGAGCUGCUGUCCGAGGCCGGCAGCAAAAGACGCGAGCGCUUGCUCCAGGGUCGCGGCUUCCAUUGCAGGUGCAUGAGGUGCCAGGAGGAAGCAGGCAGCGAGGGCGGCCCACCGUGA